AUGAAGUUACUGGUUUUGUCCAAAAAAGUCACUGCGUGUUACCGUACAGGUAAUUUCAAUGAAGCGCGUGAUUUGCUCGAACAGUACAAGACCAUUUUACCGCAAGUACAAGAUCGUUUGAUUUUCGAGGUGAUGGGAUUGUACUUAGAAGCUGCUCUAAAACGUGCAAGUGGAGAUUUUCAAGAGCUCGCAGGACUAUUGACUGAAGCUUUGUCCAAGGCAGAACUGAUUGAACCUGGUCUGGUAACAGCAAUAGUAUAUGUUUUUGCUGGAACUGUGACUGACUUAAUUAAUUCAGAGGACCCAUCAAAUAAGAUAGAUUCGCCUGAUGUUCUUUCAAUAAGGGCCCUGGAGCAUUUACAAUGUGUCAAAGAUUCUUCUGACGUCCUUGCAGAUAUGAAACGGAAGGCACAUAUAAGUUUGGCCACUUUUUGCCUUUGCUGUAAUAUAAGUGGGCAGCGUAUCAAGGGUAAUGUAGACAAUGCAAGUUUAGGUAAAGCAAAGACCAGCAUAGAGGCUGUAGAUCAAUCCGCUUUUGAAGAACAUCCACUCAGUGGGUAUCACGAUGUUCAGCGCUAUUUGGUAUUGGCCAUAUUUCAUUAUCGAUCUUCACAACUCAGUCCUGAUCAGAGAAUUCGAUUUUUGGGUAAUGCCUCUAGGUACGCGAAGAAAGCUGAAUGUCUUGCAAAAGAAUAUCAGUUCGCGGAAAUGAUUGAAUGGAGUAAGGCUAACGAAGCUUUGUGCACGGAAGAAUUAGUAUCCGUGAAUUCGGCCAUUCAGAACCACGCAAACAAUGCUGAUCACAUGAGAAACGAUGAAACAGGCUUUAGGCCAGAAAAACGAAAGGAUGCAUUCGAUACGCAAUCAAGCUUUGAUGAAAGACGAGCGCGAAGGGGAAAUUAUGAUGCGACUCGGCAUUCUGAUAGAACGAUUGGCAUUGAACAUGUUGAUAUGAGUAACAUUGCUAGCUUCAUUGAUAUUGAUGAUAUUACACAGCCUGCAAGUGAAUUUCAGCCUACCCCACCCCGAAGUGAUUUUGUUGAAGUGAAAUCAAAAAGAACGCAAAAAGAACAGAGGGAAAGAGUCUAUGAAAAGGAAGAACGAAAGCAACGUGAAACAAAAAGAAUUAUGCAGGGUGCGAUAUUAAAACCCAAAAUUAAUAAGUCUUCCCAAAAUAAUACAAGUACUGCCCUGGCUUCAAUAAACGUGGAACAAAAACGUGUUGUUUCAUUGAUGUUGGUGAAACCAGGCUCUCCGCCACCACCUCCAAUUAAUGCUUGGACCAAGCCACUUUCUAUCACGCCUGCAAAACCUCCCAAUGAAGCAUCGGCAGAAUUACCAAGAAUUACCCAGCCAGAUCCAUUGGCAGUUGAAAGGGGGAAGCCUCUACGUACGGAUGAUAUGAGACUUAAAGAUGAUACCAAAGACAACGGCGAACCAAAGUCACAACCUGGUAUGGAUAAACCUAAAGAGGUAAGUACUUUAGGCCGGGAGGGGAGAAAUCUCAGUUUUGUGAACUUUUUUGCCUUAAAUUUUAUGCAAAUUUGCAUUAAUUAAUCUAUAGCUUGCCAAUAAUUUUAUGUUUAUAAAGGUUAGCUUUGUUACACAGGUACUGUAUUUAGCUUCUAUUGGUAAUGAUUGGUCCUGGUGUUUGCGCCUUUAUGAACUUAUAAUAUCAAUUUUUUUCUAGCAGAAUGACGGCAGACCACGCAGUACUUCUCGUUCCCGAGAUGUAAACAAAACACAGAAAGCAAAACUUCAAGUUAAGAAUGAGAAGUCACAAAAUUCGGAUAAAAAUAGAGACCAAAACAAGGAAAGAAAUUCACAGGUAUGUACGAUUCCUACUUCGCUUUCUUGCGCCAAUAAAAGUAUACGUAGCAAGAGUAUCAAGCCAUUCUCCCUUAAAUGCGGGUGGGUGGAAAUUAAAGAGGAUCUGACACCAAUCCUUAUCAAGGAUCAUAUAUUCAUGGUAAUGAGAUAUGAUAUUAUUGUUUAUGAUAUAUUUAGCAGCCCCAGCGUGAUAGUCGAACACCGUCAGGACGACAGGAACAACAAUACACAGCUCCAGGACAAUCUGAGAU